GAUGCCACCUUGACAGAAACGGAGGAGGUCCGCCUUGUCGGCGGCAGCAAGCCCGGUGAAGGCAUCGUGCAGGUCUGGUUCAAUGGCUCGUGGGGUUACAUAAAUCAAAAUCAGUGGAACUGGCGCUCCACGCGUGUGGCGUGCCGGGAGCUGGGCUUCAUCUGUAAUUCCACAUCAUUCAUGCAAUUUCCAUUGCUUGUCCUCCCUCCAACAGGACUUGACAUGCCAAUCUUUCUGUCAUGGGUGCAAUGCAUUGGCAAUGAGACUCGCCUGCUGGACUGCCCCGCUACUGUGUGGUCCGGUACCUACUCAAAGGGGGGCUUCUCGGCUGUCCAGGGGCUUCGCAGAGUUCGCUUAGUCGGCGCCAACUCCAGCCUGGAGGGCCGUGUGGAGGUCUUCGGGUACGAGGCGCCGGGUGGCGUCUCGCAAUGGGGUACCAUAUAUGACGAUGGAUGGGACGACCUGGCCGCAAACGUGGUAUGCCGGUCGCUUGGGUGGCUCACCGGCAGAGCGCUGACAUCUUCAGGCUACAUAUACGGCCAGGGCGGCCUGCCCUUGCUAUGGAAGCGUCCCAUGAUUGUGACUGAUGUAGACUGCACGGGAACGGAGACGUCCCUACUAGAAUGUCCAAGCUCUGGUCUCGGCCAGCUGUACGGCAACGACUAUUCCCAAACAGCGGGAGUUGUUUGCAGGAAUGAUCCGCUACCUAUGACUGGAUCUGUGAGGCUUUUGUACGGCGCAACACCCGCCGAAGGCCGUUUACAAAUUUUCUAUAACAACACUUGGGGCUACAUCAACGAAUUCCCGGAGAGCGGGUGGCAGCCGUAUCCUCUUCUUUGGGACGACAUGGAUUCGACAGUUAUAUGCCGCACGCUGGGUUUCAGAAGUGGAAUCGCCCGUUCGGGCAGAGGAUGGAGCGGCAGCUAUGAGAAUGUGCCGAUAUGGCUAAGCGGCCUAACGUGCUUCGGCAACGAGACCAGCCUGCUCGAUUGCCUUCCCGAAAACCAAUUUCAUCCCUUAUUUAAUGUACCCGCUGCCCAUAUGCAUAUGUACGUCCGUUGCGCAGAGAAUAUCUCGGACGGCCAGCUCCGCCUCUUCGGCAAGAUGUCUCCCAACAGAGGCCGCUUGGAAGUAGCGUUUAAUGGGGCUUGGGGUGUAGUGGAUUCUGGCGGCUGG